AUGAUUGAUGAUUUGGCCAUGGCGACAGACUUCGAGACCUUUGCAAACUACCAAGGUGUGGAGGACAGCGCGCAUGCCGUGGCCGCCAUCCAAGGAUACCGUGACAAAGGGUAUCUCAAGGAGUUCAAAGACUUGGACUCACUUAGAUCACACUUGGGGGCAGAGCCCGUACUGUCCAAACUUGGUUGCAUCGUCAAGGAGAAGGUGAAUGUUGAGUCUGGCGCCAUCACCAAGAAAACACGAAUAAUUCUUGACUGCAAGCAAUCUGGAGUCUCCAAAUAUGCUGCCGGGAGGCACAAGAGCGUGCUCCCCAGGAUCAGUGACGCAGUUCAGUCUGCCCUCAAGAUGUCUUACCACUGCGGCCAAGGAGAGUCAGUAUCGCUGUUCAUAGCUGACGUUUCGGAUGCCUUCUGGUUGGUGCCGUUGAUGAAGACGGAGCAAAAGUACUUUGCGGCAAAGUUAGGUGGAAGAUAUUACCUCUUCCAACGCGCUGCCCAGGGCUCCAGAGGGGUACCACUGACGUUUGCAGUCUUGAUGGCGCUUGCUUCAAGGUUUGUUCAGUCGCUGCUAUGUUUUGCCACAGGUGGAGAUGCAAUGCCCGAGGGCAUGAUCCAAGUUUAUUUGGACGAUCCGUUGGCCAUCCUGAAAGGAUCAAAGACACGGCAAAAGCGACUGGCAUGUCUGAUUGCAUCAGCCUGCAUGAUACUGGGCAUCCCUAUGGCAUUUCACAAAGCAGUGAUGCCAAAGUCGGUCACCUGGAUUGGAGUCACCAUCGAAGCCAACGAUUCGGAAAUCGUGGUGGAGGUCACUGCAGCCAAAGUGGCCGAGUUGCAGAUGCUGGUGCGUGAGUCAUUGACAAGUAACGUGAUCCCUGUCAAGAAGCUUCGCACACUCAUUGGCAAGUGCAUGUCAAUAGCGUCGGUGAUUUAUGUGUGGCGUCCCUUUAUUCAGGAACUUUACGCAGCCUUGCACGGGCCCAACCAUGCGCCAAACAACUGCGUGUGGACCAAGCAGAUCAAACAUGCAUUGGUGUGGCUGCUGGCGUUUCUGAACGAAGAAGCUGGAUGCACCAGGCGUAUAUACAGCAUCGAGGAAUACUACUGUGCGACCAGCUGGGUGCAAAUCACUUGGGAUGCAUCACCUUGGGGCAUGGGUGCUUUCCUGACCGUGGAUGGCAGAGUCACCGAGCACUUUGCAGUACCCAUCUCAGAACAAGAUGAGGCCAUCUUACAGGCCAAAGUGGAUGCGCAGCUGGCAAUCAUCGCCCGUGAGUUUGCGCUUGACCUGGGAACUGCAAGUUUCAAGCCAGAAGUGGUGCAACAUUUGCCUGGAGUGGCCAACGUGGUUGCAGAUUCCCUGCCUGUGCAAUGGUGGAAAUCCUUGACGGAGCGAUCCAUGCCGGCUUCACCACUGGCAAAAUCAGGGGCAUGGAGCAGGAAACGUCCUAGAACCGAUCCAGACACUGACGGACCUCAGACAGCCCAGUUGUCAGACCCCGCCAUGUCGCAAUUUCGCGGUGACUUCUAUGCUGCAUCGUCCAGAAAGCCAAGAGAUGCGAUGCUGCAAACCUGGGCAAGAUUUCACAGACGUUGGUAUGCCAACAAUGACAUAGUUUCACUGACUGUGGAGUCCAUGGAAAAAGUGUCAUGCCUUUUCAAGCUUGGGGCAUACAAGUCGUACAAGAAUUACCUAUCAAGGAUCAAGGAGCUCCAUCAGGAAUCGGGGUAUGUCUGGUCUCAUGCGCUGCAAUCGUCUGCACGUCGGUGCACACGCUCGGUCUUGAGAGGUCUUGGCGGACCAGUCAGAUCUGAGGCGUUUGAUCUGGAUCGCGUGGUCGCAUUCCUGAAGCAUUCGAACAUUGACAUUGCAGAAGAUGGGCCUGAACCACCGCUUCAUGCUGUUGUGGUGGGCACGUACUUCUUGCUCCGCGAGCUGGAGCUUUCGGCGAUAGUUAUGGAAGAUGUGACCUUCACCAAUGACACAGUGACGUUGAACCUUCCAGUGUCCAAAGUGGACUGGCAGGCAAAAGGCUGCCGACGCACGUGUUCAUGCAUUUGCAAUUUGGGACAUCACUGUCCUGUUCACCUUCUUAAGGAAUACGAUCACGAACAAAGAACCCAUGGACGGACCUCUGGACCGUGGCUACUCAGUCGUUCUGGAGGCAGAUGCACUAAGGCUGGCAUGGUUGACAUGAUCAGGACUGUUGUGCAGUCAUCUGGUGGCGGGGCAAAGGAUGCCGAGGGCCACUGGGUAAUCUCUGGUCACACCUUCAGAAUCACUGGAGCGCGCACUUUGGCUACUUGGGGGCUUGAUCAAAUCACCAUGCAGCUUCUGGGAAGAUGGGGGUCGUCAGCUGUUCUUGGGUAUUUGGCUGAAUCACCGCUGCUCUCAUUCUCCGAACGUUUGACUGGAAAGUCUGACGGAAAGAUGAUACACGCUGAGCAUGUGAUGGCUAGUGACAUGGACGGUCGCAAUAUCACUGAGGCCGCACAAGAGCGGGAAUCCCUGAGAAGAGAGAUUGCGGAGCUCAAGAAGCAGGUUGGAGACCUCACCAUGAGUCUGGGUGGUGUGGUACAAGUUGUACAGAGUAGACAGACCAGAGAAGUAUGGUGGGUGCUGAAUGCAGAAGCUGCCCGAAGUGCCUGCCAGAUUCAGAUGACUCCUCCAGUUCAAGUUCUGAGUCGUGCUAACCGGUUGAUCAACCAAGCUUGGGUGCGGGAAGCGCAUGUGUUGACUACUUUAAGCAACCGUGGAAUCACAUCGUUCGGAAAAGCCAAAAAGCAAAUCACUGAUGCAUCUCCGCACAUUGUCUCCGGCGUCUCCGGGAAGGAUAGCUCGAGUGCCAAGGAUGAUGCAGCACGUGCAGCAGCCUCUAUGGAAUGGUUGCGAAAUGCGCAGGCAGCUGCGAAUGAGCACAUGUUCGAAGAGGAGGCUGCGUUGCUUCUGCCCUCAUCAUCACAAGCCCUGGAGGUCUCCGGCGUCUCCGGGAAGGAUAGCUCGAGUGCCAAGGAUGAUGCAGCACGUGCAGCCUCUAUGGCCGUUUUGCAAUGGUUGCAAAAUGCGCAGGCAGCUGCGGAUGAGGCGGAUCACAUGGUCGCAGAGGAACUUGAAUGGCAGAAUGCCAGAAGCAGCGACAUAGAAAGUGAGGCGCAAUUAUUUGGCAUUUUGCCAGGGGUGCCUCAUAGGAGUCAGCGCGGUUAG